GAUCUGUUCCACACAACCUCCCCAACUCCAGUGUGUCAGUCCUGCUUCUCUCUGUCACUCACCAGCCCCUGUGUCCUGCAGCCAGUCCUGUUUCUCUCCUGUGAUGACAGCCCCCCCACCUCCUCUUGCAGCCCCAGCUUCAUUCCUGGUGCCAGAAGGUCCACAAUGCCUUGCUGCCCCCCACCCAGGGGCUGUGAGGUGCCAGUUACCCUCAUCUUGCUGAUUCUUUAUUUCUGCUACCUCCUGCUGGGGGCCACAAUCUUCUGGGCUCUGGAGAGUAAGGCGGAGGUGGACCUGUCCCUCAGCUUCCAGCAGGAGAAGUGGCAGCUCCUGAAGAACCACACCUGCAUGGACAAUGAGACCCUGGAGCAGCUGAUCAGGGGCAUCAUCACAGCUUACAAAAAUGGGGUCAGCAUCCAGGCCAACGAUACCAGCCUGGAGACCUGGAGUUUCGCGGGUUCUUUCUUCUUCUCUGUGACGGCCAUAACAACAAUCGGCUACGGGAAUAUUAGCCCAACCACCGUAGGCGGCCGGGUCUUCUGCGUCUUCUUCGCCCUGUUUGGGAUUCCGCUGAAUCUCAUCCUGUUGAAUCGGAUCGGCCAGAGGAUGCUCACCGCUGUUCACCGGUGCGGAGAAUUAUUUGGAAGAAAAGUUCGCCGGCAGAAAAUCACCAAGAUGUCGACAAAUUUCUGUGCCGUUGUGAUCGGUUUGCUGCUGUUUUUCCUGCUUCCUCCAAUACUCUUCGGGGCCAUUGAGGGCUGGACGUACGAGGAAGGUUUCUACUACUCUUUUAUUACCCUCAGCACAAUAGGCUUCGGAGACUAUGUCAUUGGUAGAGUACCUGACAAGACUUACCCCGGCUGGUACAGGAACGUGGUGUCGGUUUGGAUCCUCCUGGGCAUGGCGUGGCUGGCACUGAUCAUUAAUCUGUGUAUAAACCUACUGGAGAACCACAGCGAGGUAUUCCGGUGUCCCAGGGAGAAGGCCGAGAUGGAGAAGGCCGACCGCGAACUCAUAGACGUUUCCCACGACGAGAACGGUCAGCCCGUCCUUAAAGGCAAGGAAGACGCGGAGGACACAGACUCAUCCGGCACCAAUGAUACCAAGUCCGAGGCCUCAGAAUGAAGAACUUGCCCCAAAAAGAGUCUCUGGAGCGUGAGAGGGAGCUCAAUGAGAUAGACUGCGCAUACACGAUGUCUUCUGUCAACCAGAUCUCAAGAACAAAAA